CCAAUCGGCGCAGUUGUUUUGCAAGAGUCACAAUGUCCACCAGGAAGUGAAAAUGUUUACAACGCUUCAAGUAGUUUUCGAUGCAUUUUUUAAAUUUCAGUUUGUUUUGGAUUGUGACUAACAUGUUAUAAACAGAGUUGCUGUUGAUUUGCCAUUCUCAAGAUGUAUAGCGGACUUUUACCGAAAGGUCUGAGCGAUGCUGAAAUUAGUUCAGAUUAUGAGGACGACCAAGGACAAAGUGUAGUUGCAGAUCAAGAAAAAACGUUAGCCUCAAACAAAUGUCGUGCAGUUGGACUUCCGCGUGGUCUUAAGGAAAACUGUGGGACACUUGUAGACACAAGUUCUUCUCAUACACAGCCCGUCAUAGAACAUGACAAGUCGUUGGACUGCUUACCCGGGAUUUCCGAGGAGAAGUGGCAAAGAUUUAAAGAGCUACAGAAGAAAAAAGACGAGAUCAAGACAAUGAAGCUCCCCAAAAAAAGACAGCGGGGAAGACGACGACAUAAGAAAGAUGAUGAAUCAGGGACUAAGAACAUGGAAUCAAACAAUGAAAGAGAGCCUCGAGCAGAGCAUGACAAGCAUUGGGAUGGGCUGACGCAGUACUUUGGCAUCAAUGAUAGAUUUCAACCCCCUGCCUGUUACAAGCCUGCUCCCAAGUCCAGCUUAGACAAGAGCAUAGAGAGCGCCAUCGCUGAAGGGGACUUUGGGAAGGCGGAGGAGAUGAGCGACAGACUCGCCACUCGAGAGCUGGCCGUGAAAAUCGCUCAAGCCGCCGAUUGCCGUGACUUUGUGCAAAGCAAACAGGAAGCGGAGGCUUCUCGGGCAGCCCAGAAAAGGAAGACGCAAAUCGCUUGGGGGUUUGAAGCCAAGCAAAGAUGGGAAACCAAAAGCAACAUGGGAUAUAUGUGACAUAAACCCAGAAGAGAAAUAAAAUUAAAAAAAAUUGUCAAGAUUUGUGUAAUUUCUCUGUUAAUUUAAUAAAGUUUGUUCGAAAAGA